AUGGAAACAUCUUUUAAUAACAAUUACUUCAAUGCUUUAAAGUUCACUAAAUUUGAUCAGAAAAAUACAUAUUCUAUCAUAUAUUCUGAUACUUCUGAAUUAUUAAGCUUUGAAUCAAAUUUUGUUUCAGGAAUUGAAGGAAAUACAUAUCUGUUAAAUGUUGGUCAAGUAUAUAUUGAAAAUAAUACAUUAGAAUAUGGUAUCACGUUCCUUUAUGAGAAGUUACAUUCAAAUAAAUCAAAUAUUUACACAGAAAAUGUUGUUUUCCCAUCAUUUAGUUUUGUUCCAUGUAACUUACCACCAGCCCAAAAACUUGCUACUUAUGUCAUUGUUUUGAUUUCAAUUAGUGCCCUUGUACUUAUUUCCAUUUUGGCUCUCGUCUCAAUAAUUUUAAUCAAGAAUAAGAGAAUUACGAAAAUCCAAUCGAAAAUUAGUUUGAACACUACAAUUAUUGAUGAUUUUGGAUGA